AUGAGUAGUGAUAAUAGUGAUUUUAAUGAUUUUUCCUCCGAUGAAGAGGAUACCAAUCAAGUUCUUUUAAAAUCAAAGAAAUCUAUCAUUAACCCAGUAUUCGAAAAGAAUGAUGAAGACGAAAACUCAGAUGAUGAAACAAACAACAACGAAGAGGAAGUGAAAGGAUCUGAUCUCGAUCCAAAAGAUGAUAAAGGUGAUGAAGAAAUAGAGGAAAAUGAUGUUAUGGUUGAUCAUUCUACUAUAGAUAAGGCGAAAGCAUUGAAUAAAAGAUUAGCUAAAAUUAGUAAAGUUAGAGCAGAUAAAAAGAAUCACAAAACAGGAGUUGUGUACUUAUCUAGUAUUCCACCAUAUAUGAAACCUGCAAAGAUGAGACAAAUUUUAUCUAGGUUUGGUGAACUUGAUCGUCUAUUUUUGAAAAGGGAAGAUACUCAAAAACAUAAAUUAAGAGUACAACAUGGUGGUAAUAAGAAAAAUAUGUAUGAAGAAGGAUGGGCUGAAUUUAUAAGAAAAAGAGAUGCAAAAUUAUGUGCAGAGACUCUCAAUGGUAACAUUAUAGGUGGGAAAAAAGGUACUUUUUAUCAUGAUGAUAUUCUGAAUGUAAAAUAUUUGCCAGGAUUUAAAUGGGCUGAUUUGACAGAGCAAAUUGCUAGAGAAAAUGAUAUUAGACAAUCUAAAUUGGACUUGGAGAUUGCCCAAGCUAAUAAGUUAAAUGCAGAAUUCAUAAGAAACGUUGAAAAAAGUAAAAUGAUUGCAAACAUCAAAAUGUCUAAACAAAAGAGAAAUAUUGAAGAUAAUGAAGAAGAUAACAAUCCAAGAAGAAAUUUUAAACAGCAUAAGGUAGCGACUAAUAGAGCUGAUGCACCAAAGAGAAUUAAACAAGAAAAAUCUAAAAACAUUGAUAAUGUACUAACAGAUUUAUUGUAA